AAUGCCACUACCAACCAUUUUGUUGAGAAUUUUCUGUCUAAGACACCUCUUUGACACAAUUCUUCUCUCCUUUGUGUCCAAAAAGUUCAGGCCAUUUAAUCUUCUCCCAAAAGUUACAAUCAGUGGCGUGAAAAUCAAUAACUAUAUCGUUGUUUAACCACAGAAUAAUGGAGACAGAUGAGCUCAAGCGUGUCUUUCAUAUGUUCGACAGGAACGGUGAUGGAAGGAUUACGAAAAAGGAGCUGAAUGACUCGUUAGAGAACAUGGGGAUCUUCAUGUCUGAUUCGGAUCUGGCGCAGAUGAUCAACAAGAUUGACGUGAAUGGUGAUGGCUACAUCGAUAUUGAUGAAUUUGGUGCUCUAUAUGAGACCAUAAUGGAAGAGCGAGAUGAGGAGGAAGACAUCAGAGAGGCCUUCAAUGUGUUCGACCAAAAUGGGGACGGAUACAUUACGGUGGAUGAAUUAAAAUCUGUCUUGGCAUCACUUGGUCUCAAGCAAGGGCGGACCGUUGAUGAUUGCAAGCGGAUGAUUAAGAAAGUGGAUGCUGAUGGAGAUGGAAUGGUGAAUUUUAUAGAGUUUAAGCAGAUGAUGAAAAGUGGUGGAUUUGCAGCAUUGAGUUAACAAGGAAAUUAACAAGACCUUGGAGGUUGGAAUCUCGUACCCUUUGAACAAAGGUCUGAGGACAGUUCUUAGAGAAGUUUCUGGGAUGGAGCCUUUACCACCUUAAUAAGCCAACUUGAUGCUAAUGUUAAUUAGUCAAUCAAGUGAACUUGGAAUACUAGAUCCAAAAUCAGAAAACGAAAAAUAGAGAGAAAAAAACACUCAUUUUCUGCACUGUUAUGUUUAUUUGAAUAGAAAAAAACAACACAGAUAAAAACGAGUUUUCCUGCUCUUUUCGUAGGUUUACGACUUGUAAAUAGUUUGUCAUAUUUUCUAACUCUUUAUUUCAUGUUCUUUGGCUCCUCUCCCAAAGAAUCUGGAUAGAAAAGUUUUAGUCCCUCAUUUUCAUGUUAUAAAUUUCUGUGUACACAUUUUGUGCGGGAUAAAAUUACCUCCAGUCUUUUAUCCUACAGUAAUGUUUAAUAAAAGUUCUGAUUGAUACUACAGGUCCUCUAGAGAUCUAAAGGUUUAUAAUGUAUCUCUUAUCCUCUAUUCUGUUUAACAAGUGAUGUGAAGAGAGAUUUAAAAAAUUCUACUUCUUAUUUGCAAGUUAAUGAAGGAAAUCCAACUACUUUCUUCUCA